AUGCCACCCAUCGACUUUAAAGGUGUUUUUCUCUCCGCCUUCGAUUACAAGACGGAAAAGUACGUGAUCGCCAAAAACAAGAAAGUCGGGGUGCUGUAUCGAUUCAUCCAGCUGACAAUAAUCGGUUAUCUGAUCGGGUGGGUGUUUCUAACUAAGAAAGGCUAUCAGGAGACUGAAGAAUCUAUACAGAGUUCAGUCAUUACCAAAGUGAAAGGGGUCACAUUCACUAACACCACAGGCUCCGGCCCAUGGCUCUGGGGACCUGAAGACUACGUCAUUCCACAGCAGGGUGAGGCUGUGCUUUUCAUAACAACAAACUUUGUUGAAACUCCAGACCAAAAGUUAGGCUACUGUGCUGAGAAUAUUAAGGUACUGGAUGGCCAUUGUAAAGAGAAUGAAGACUGUCUGGAGGGAGAGCCAGUUAUAGCUGGCCAUGGAGUUAAAACCGGGCACUGUUUAAAGAACAGGAACUCGACAGGUACCUGUGAAAUAUAUGGCUGGUGCCCUAUUGAAAGAAACUACCGACCAAAAGUGCCUUUGUUACGAAGCGCUGAAAACUUCACCAUCUACAUAAAGAAUUUUAUAAGAUUCCCCAAGUUUGACUUCUCAAAAUCAAACAUUUUAGAAAACGCUGACCACUCAUAUCUGAAGAAAUGUUUACACCAUGAGUUUGCUCAUCCUUACUGCCCCAUAUUCCGCCUCGGUGAUGUAGUGCAGCAAACCGGACAUGAGUUUCAAGAUAUAGCCCUGUUUGGAGGAUCAAUAGGAAUCCUAAUAGAAUGGCAUUGUGACCUGGACAGAGGUUGGUCUGCGUGCCACCCUCACUACAGUUUUACUCGACUGGAUGGAAUUGCUACAACACACUCAGUCUCAUCUGGAUACAACUUUAGGUAUGCCCGUUAUUUCAAAAAUGCUGAUGGAGAGACUUUAAGAACGCUGUAUAAGGUGUACGGGAUUCGCUUUGACAUCCUGGUUCAUGGCAAGGCUGGAAAGUUCAAUAUAAUUCCAACAAUAAUAAACAUAGGCUCAGGAUUGGCGUUAAUGGGGGCGGGAGCAUUCUUCUGUGACAUGGUACUUCUCUAUAUGAUGAAGAAGAGUACUCUGUACAGGGAGAGGAAAUUUGAAACAGAUAAAAAAAAUGGAAACAACAAUAAAAAGAGUAUAGAAGUGGCGGAGGAACCUUCCAAGCAACUGUUAGAGCUGGAGCACCUCACUGACCCAACUUUAGAUGAACAACACAGCAUUGAAAACUGCACAGAACAAAAGGAUGAGACAUUUGACUGAUCAAUCUGUGACAAAUCUGCCACUGCAGUAUUUUAAAAAGAAAGGAAUGCAUCAUUUUUACUCAUUACCAUCAUUAAAAGAGCUACAGGUCCGGAAAGAAAUAGGAAAGAUGUGCUAAGAACAAUUUCUGAUCACUGUGCAAAGUUAUUAGCCAUACAAUAAUGUACAUACUUGAAGCAAUAGCAGCUGAUUUGCACAUUUGCUUAUUAUUUUAUUUAUUCUAGUUUUAAUGAAUGAUUUGUUCACUGUUAUGUCUCAUUCAGCAAUGCACAACUUUUACAUGCAUUAACAAGAAAUGCCUUAAGCCAAAGUAUUAUCCAAUACAAAGAAC